UCCCACGGCCUCGGGCUGGCCUCCGCGUGGAGCCUGGGGUGGUAAGGCUGGUGGGCUCUUUCUCUGCCCGCCAAAGCAGGGAGGGGGGGCAGAGGGCGAAUCCCGCCACCGAGAACGAGUCGUUUCGGAGGCUUGUGGGAAUGUGUGUGGUGACGGGCUUUCUGGUGUGUGUGUGUGAUUGGGAGGGGCCUUGGUAAGUCUCCGGGGGUGUGACACUGUGGGUCCGAGGUUGUGAACAGCCUGCUGACUGGGGUCACCUGCUGUCUCCGCGUGGGUGUGUGGGUGCACGGAUGCUGGGGUUGUCCUGAAAGGCCAUGGAACUGAGAGGGGGCGAUGGCGGUAGGAUUCCUGAGAGCUGCAUGGGCUGCGGGUGACACAGGGCAUGUGCAACACGUGGAUGGGGUGAGGGCAUCUGUUUCUGCCCAGGGGACCCUGUGAAACCAAACCCCCGGGCACUCCCUUACUCCCUGUUGGCUCUUCGGUAGGAAUGCAAAAGUGAAUCUGACACCCUCGCACAAGCCUAACCUCACAUGCCCAGUCAAGCGUCACAUGUGUUUAAAAGAUUCGCACGCUACCUGGUUAGGGGCUUUGGACAGGACAAGGGCUACCCCUAGGCUUCCUGUGGGCUUGAACAAGGGUCAUGGAUGGGGUCGGAUUUAGGUGCGGAGAAAGGCGAGUUUCCAGGAAUUCACAAGAAGACCCCGGAGGCUGUGUAUAAGGCCGGCGGCGAAGCGGGGACUGUCCUGCGGGGAGGUGGCCUCACCCCUAGGUGCUCACAAAUACUGCCUGUGGGUAUUCCCAGAUCUGGUGAUGAUGAUUCUAGCCUCAUUUGGGGCCUCGAAUUACCUUAAGCCUAGAAAACCAUUCCGGACUAAGACGGGCGGCUUUCCCCUGGAGGGUUAACCAAAGGAUUCUUCCCUUCCCGGGACGCCUUCCCAUUGGCUGUGCCGGGACUACUCUGGGGUUCACAUGGACUUUUCUGCGCCAAAGAGGGUGUGAGGGGUUAUGGUAGGGAAAUCCCAGACUCUCAGAUACAAGGAUAGACAGUCCAUUGCAAACCUAUUCUCAAAAAUACAGCCCACAUCCCGGUACCUGUGCACCCUCACACACCAUCCUGAACACGGGACUCCCUGGCGGUGUGAGCAUAGGGUGGUGGGGGCUGUAUGGCAGAAGGAUCAGAGGGAGCCGGUCCAUGUCCUGGCUCUGGUGCAGGCUGGACAAUCUAGUGACUUUUACCUCCCUGAGCCUCGGUUUCCCUCUCUGUAAAAUGGGGACUUAGUGAAAUUACGCAUGUGGUUAGGACAGUGGCUGGCCCCGGGUAAACGUUAAAUGAACACUAACUUCUACCAGCGACGAUGAGGGUUCCAGCGCUUAAUUACUGCCCUAUAUGGUUGAUUGUAGUGCCCGGUGCAUGGUAAAUGCCACAAAAAGUAAUUUAAGAAUUUGAAUUCUAGGAGCACCUGGCUGGCUAGGUCGGUGGAGCGUGCGACUCUUGAUCUUAGGGUUGUGAGUUCGAGCCCCACGUUGGGUGUAGAGAUUACUUGAAACUAAAAUCUUAACAAAAUAAUGAUCUUGAAGAAAAAAAAGAAUUUAAAUUCUAGGAUCAGAGGGACCGAUUCCUAUUCCCAACACUCCAUGCACUAGCCAGAGGUCUUGGGCAAACGAUUUCUCCCCUAGGUGCCAAAUGUGGAUAGUGAGGGAAUCUCCUUUUCCGGCUGUUAUGAGGAUUUUAUGAGAUGCUCCAGGAGGAGAACCUGGCAGUGAUGAAUACGUGUUAACUGAAAUAAAGCACUUAGCACGGGACCUGACAUAUGGUUGCACUCUCAGUACGAUUGCUGGCAAGGCCUCAGAUACUUUGGGCGUGCUGGGGGGUGUAGAGGAGAGAGGGCUAGGCCCCGAGUGAAAAUAUUCCCUUCCCUGCCCUGCCAAAGGUCAUCGAUCCUGAAGGCCUGGACGUCAGGUAGCCCAUGGCGGGCAGAGUCUUCCAGUCAAGCCUCAGCCAGUCCAAGAUACUGGAGCUAUGGAGGGACACCAGUGCUCUGAUGGGAGCCUUUGAGGCGGGGGGUCUGCCCGCAGUGGCCGCCAGGCUGCAGGCCACACUUCAUUCGCUGGAGAAUGCCAGGCUGGACAUUGGCAUCACUGGGGGCACAGGCUCAGGCAAGUCGACCUUUGUCAAUGCCAUCAGGGGGCUGGGAGACGAGGACCCCAACUCAGCCUGCACGGGCGUGGUGGAAAUGACGGUGGACCCCACGCCGUACCCACACCCUAAGUACCCCAACAUCGUCAUCUGGGAUCUGCCGGGCAUAGGCACGUCCCGCUUCCCGACUGGUAGAUACCUCCAGCGGGUGCUGCUGGAACGUUACGACUUCUUCAUCAUCAUCACCUCAGACAGCUUCACCGCCCACCAUGCCCAGCUGGCCUGCGAGAUCCUGCAGCGGGGCAAACGCUUCUACCUCGUCCGCUCCAAGGUGGACGUGGACAUUGCCGCCUCGCGGAGCCGGCGCCCCGGCACCUUCUCCGAGGAGGGAGUGCUCCGCCAGAUCCGGGAAGACUGUGGGCGGCGGCUGAGGGCGGAGGGCCUGAAGGACCCCAAGGUCUUCCUGCUCUCCAUGUUUGAGUUGGGCAAGUACGACUUCCACCUGCUGGAGGAGCUGAUGGUGAAGGAACUGGAGAGUCACAAGCAGCACGCGUUUCUGCUGGCCGUGCCCAACGUCUCGAAGCCCAUCCUAGAGAAGAAGGCAGCCUCGCUGCGGCAGCAUAUCUGGCUGGUGGCCACGGUGGCCUGUGGCGUCAACCCGAGCCCCGUGCCAGGCGUACGGGAUGUGGCAUGUGACCUGUACGUGCUCAUCAGCUCCCUGGAGGGCUACCGCCACAGCCUCGGCCUCGACGAGGACUCCCUCGUCAGGCUGGCUGAGCAGACAGGCCAGCCCCUGCACAAGAUCCUGGCGGCGGUGCAGGGCUGGAAGACCGAGGUCACUGAGGCACUGGUGGCGGAGCUACUGGGCCAGGCCUCCAGGGAUGCCUCUGCUUUCACCCAGGAGCUCCUCGGCGUGCCCGUCCCAGGCGCCCUGGCCACCUGCGGCAUCAGCUUCACCACCAUCUACCACAUGCUCCGCACAGCUCUAGACGAGGUGGUCAAGGACGCCCGGAGAGUGCUGACCCAGGCCUUCCUCCACGACUCUGACCAUGAGCUCCCAGAUAAAGGCAAUCAAUAAUCCCAGCCCUGAGCUCAGGCCAGCUGGAGGUGGCAGUGUAAGAGUGGGAGGACACAGGUUCCAUCUGUCCCCAGGCCGGAUGGUGUUGAGGAAUGGAAAGAAACUCAAGCUCCAA